AUGAAGCAUUUCAACCCUGCCGGAGGAGUGGGUGCUGCCAACGCCAUGCACGAUGCCAUAGCAUUGGCGAACGGCAUCAAUGGCCUUCCCUUCCACCCUGUUGCUGAUGAGAUUGAAGCUGUAUUCAAGGCCUACAAGGAGGAGCGCAUCGAUUGGGUUGAGAAGGCAUUUGAGAACAGCAAAGCCUUCAGGACCAUGGCGGGUCAGUCUGUCUCGUCCAAGGUCACUCGAUACCUUAUGAAGUAUAUGCCUUCAUGGGUCAUGGAUAGUGUUGCGCGUCGCCAGAAUACCAAUCGCCCUCAGGCUGCAUUUUUGCCUCCAGCUGAGGACAAGGGUACUGUCAUGACCGCUCCUCAACCUAGUUUGUCUAUCAAGGCUCCUGAGGAGGCCGAACAAUCGAAAACAACCCAAGCUGUGUAG